UUUCCAUUUCGAGUUUCUUCAAUGUUCUUUCUACUCUCUUGAGAAAAAAGAAGCAGCUAAGUAAUCAAGAAUGGAACUAUGAGGAAGGAAUGCUGUGAAAUAUGUUUAUAAAAUUCUGUAAUUGAAGCCACAGUUUUAUGAACUCAUCAAUGGGUUAUGCAGAUUCAAGAUCUGUCAGGUUUAAAGAUGAUCUUGAAUUAUCCAAGAAGCAACAAACAAGCAAUGAAGAUGGUGCAUUUAAGCUCAUAUAUAAAAUCGACGGCACACAAAUACCAGAAUCAAGUUCUAAAAACUCCGAUAACAAAAAUUUCAUAAAACCAGAAAGAUCACUAAAAUCCAAAGUAUUGUCCAGAGUUUUCUCAGAAGAUUACGAGAGAGUGAAGAACAAGAUAUUAGAUCCUCGCGGACCGGCAAUUUACCGAUGGACGAAGAUCUUUUUAGUAGCUUGCUUAAUUUCGUUGUUCGUCGAUCCUUUAUUUUUUUACUUACCGAUAGUUUCGAAAAAUAACUCUUGCAUUGAUAUUGGAAUUCCACUUGAGAUUUUUCUGACGAUCGUUCGGUCUGUGGCUGAUGUUUUCUAUAUGGUUCAAAUUUUGAUUCGGUUUCGUACGGCUUAUGUUGCCCCGUCUUCCCGAGUUUUCGGGAGAGGUGAGCUUGUUAUUGAUUCGAGAAAGAUUGCGUUGAAGUACUUACGGAGGCAGUUCUGGAUUGACAUUGUUGCUGCUUUGCCUCUUCCUCAGGUUUUGAUUUGGUUAAUUAUACCAAAUCUUGGGGGUUCAACAAUGGCAAACACUAAAAAUGUUCUUCGGUUCAUCAUCAUCUUUCAAUAUCUGCCGAGACUACUUCUGAUCCUUCCACUUUCAUCGAGAAUCACCAAAGCCAAUGGUGUUGUCACCGAAACAGCUUGGGCCGGAGCUGCUUACAACCUCAUGCUCUAUAUGCUGGCAAGCCAUGUUUUAGGAGCUUGCUGGUAUCUCCUUUCAAUUGAAAGGCAAGAAGCAUGUUGGAGAAAUGUAUGCAAACUCGAGAACCCAUCUUGUCGUUACGACUAUUUUGAUUGUCGCGAAAUGUAUAGCCCUCUAAGGGAAUCCUGGUUCAAAUCAAGCAAUGUUACACAUUUAUGUCAUCCUUCUGCUGAGUUCUACCAGUUCGGUAUAUUUGGCGACGCUCUUAUUUUUGGCGUCACAACUUCAACGUUUUUUAAUAAGUACUUUUAUUGCCUUUGGUGGGGAUUAAAAAAUCUAAGCUCAUUAGGACAAAAUCUUUCGACUACUACUUAUGUAGGUGAAAUAGCUUUUGCCAUUGUUAUUGCGACGCUAGGCCUGGUUCUGUUUGCAUUGCUCAUUGGGAAUAUGCAAAGAUACUUACAAUCAACAACAGUUCGGUUAGAAGAAUGGAGAAUAAGAAGAACUGACACAGAACAAUGGAUGCAUCACAGACAGCUUCCGCCGGAGCUAAGACAGUCUGUUCGAAAAUAUGAUCAAUACAAAUGGGUUGCCACUAGAGGAGUUGAUGAAGAAGCUCUUCUCAAAGGUCUUCCUCUCGAUCUCCGACGAGACAUCAAGCGACAUCUCUGUCUCGAUCUAGUUCGACGAGUUCCAUUAUUUGAUCAAAUGGACGAAAGAACAUUAGAUGCGAUAUGCGAGAGGCUAAAACCUGCAUUAUCCACACAAGGCACAGUUCUUGUACGCGAAGGUGACCUAGUCAAUGAAAUGCUCUUCAUAAUCCGUGGUCACCUCGAUUCUUACACAACUAACGGCGGUCGUACCGGAUUCUUCAACUCUUGCCGCAUUGGUCCCGGUGAUUUCUGCGGCGAGGAGUUGCUGACAUGGGCGCUAGAUCCUCGACCAAGCGUCAUCCUCCCAUCGUCCACUCGCACGGUCAAGACUAUUUCCGAAGUUGAGGCAUUUGCUCUUCGAGCAGAGGACUUAAAAUUUGUAGCAUCGCAAUUUCGAAGAUUGCAUAGCAAACAACUCCGACAAAAGUUCCGAUUCUACUCGCAUCAGUGGCGGACUUGGGCCGCGUGUUUUAUACAAGCAGCGUGGCGGCGGUAUAAGAAAAGAAGGGAAGCGGCUGAACUCAGAGUUAAAGAAGACUCUAUGGACCCAAAUUCUGCAGGAUCGGGUUUUGCUAGUUCUAGAAAGAGUCGUAUGAAACAUUCUGGUUCGAAUUUGAGCAGUGCAAGUUCAUUGCAGAAGCCUGAAGAGCCAGAUUUUUUAGUAGAUGAGGAUUGAGUUUCGGAGUUUUCGAAUUCAAAUUUGGGAUUGUAUGUAUAAAUUAGAUGUAAUUUGUGUACAUUAUAUGAUCAGUGAUUGAGGGCAAAGUGUGGAAACUUCAUUCUGUUACAUACUGUAAUUUAAUCAAUCAACCACAAGCUCAAAUAUUACAAAUUAGUUGGUAGCA